AUGACCGUUGAGGAUGAGGCUGCAGCGGCAAAGGUUGACGGUGGUGUCCAAAUCGGUCUGAUCCAGUGCGAGCCCGGUGCAUUUGGCCAUCGAAGAGAGACGUCCCUGUGGACCAAGCCAAUCUGCGUCCAGAGGUCCUCACCACCAACGGUGGCUGUUGUUGUUCAGACCCAAGCACAACAUAUCACCGACCACGAUUUGUUACGAGGCAAGAGGUCUGCCUGCACAAGGGAUCAGCCAGCCGAGCAACGCCGUCAGGAGAAUUUCUUGGUUACAUUCAACUGUCGGGCAGAAAUUUCGCCUCCAAAUGUCACCGACCUGGGGUCUGAUCCUUGCUCGUCAGAAGUCCGGACUCACACUUCCCCGGAGAAAAGGCUUUCGCAAACGGUGCUAGGACGGAAGAUGUGCUUUUACAACCAGAAACGCUUUUCAUGUGGGGACUGGAGCUGGACCAGCUUUGCCCACCGCUGCAACUAUGAAUACCGCACUGGAGAAACCUGUGGCAUGAAAUUGGUCAACGUCACAGAGAACGACGCCAGUAAAUGUCGGCUCUGUGAAAAGAUUGAAACCAAACUUCGUCGGCGAAGUGCCGAGAUUGAUCGCCUUGAGCGAUGGAAAAAAGAGGGCUCUAACCUGGUAGCCUCGAUCGACCGAUCUCGCAAACUCAUCAUGGAGCUGGACAAGGAAAUUUUGGGCCUACAACGCGAGCGUGAGGAUCGACGACGUACGCUGUUGAGGUGA